CUAUAUAGGAAAUCACACGAAAGAAAGGCAUAAUGAGAACAUGGGUAAUAAUUCUGUAUUCGCAGUGCAUCAUCUUUGUCUACUCCAAAGAUUCUGUGGUAUCUGACACAGCUGCUGAAAAUGGAAAAGAAAAGAAUGACAGAAUAAAAUCUCUUAAGUUCUCGCAUCCUGUUGGAAGAAGAGAACAGGGGGAUGCUUUAAAAUCCAAAUUAAACAUUGGAAGAAGAAACCGAUUUGCAGAAACACUGUUUACGCGUCAACUCGGUAGAACAAAGAACUGGAAACAAAAAGACAGUGGCACAAUGCAGAACCAAACAUAUAAGAAGGAAGAAUCCAGUCUUUCCAAAAACCUCAAAUUAACUACACCAAAAGCGAAAGGAGUGGAAAAUUUAUCAAAGAAUGAUACUCAAAAAAACUAUGAUCCACCAGAAUCAAAUGUAGAUAAAGAUACAGCUAGUCAAUUUUUUCCCAGUGUCAACAACAGCAAACCAAAAGGAACUUACAUAAGACUACGAAGGAAGAACUGGAGAAAAUUCCGCGCUAUUCAAAGAAAAAUUCAAGAGAAACUCCGAAGGAAUAUAAUGAAAAUGUUUGGAAAGAGAACAGAUGGACCAAUGUAAUUGAGCAAAGUAAUAAUAUGAGAAAAACACACCAGAACACGUUUGAAACUAGUUCUGACAAGGGAAAGAUAACGGAAUUGGGAUCAAAUUCAGCCACUGAACAGAACUCUUUCAUAAAAUUAGUUAUAUUUAAGGAUAUUGCUAAAAAUAAUGAAAACUUUGGUACUUGCCGCCUGGUUAAUAUAUAAAAUGAUAUUGAAAAGCAGGGGAAAUGAGCUUAUAAAAAGGGUGAUACAUGUGUAUUAGUUGUAAAAUGGGACUUCAUUUUAUAUUUCUCUAGCUGUAUUAAAAAUCAUGUUUUUCUCCCUGCCUUAAAUGUCACCCUCUUGAAUAAAAUGAUACAAUAAUU